AUGUUUUCUCAUCUAUUGAUCGCUGCCUUUGGCGUCACGGCUGCCCUUGGCCAAACAUCUUAUGGAGAGCAGUUUAAGUACUGGGGCUGUGCCACUGUUGACGCUGCGGCCUUCAGCAACCCAGUUCCGCUUCCCAACGGGAUCUUGACUCCUGAAGCAUGCCAAGACGCCUGCGCUGGCCACAUGUUUGCCGCGGUGUCUCCUGAUGCUUGCCGUUGCGGAGAUGAUGUCAGCGCCAUCAAGUCGGUCGACGAACACUCCUGCAACUACCCGUGUUCUCAGGACCCCAACUCUCCCAUGUGUGGUGGAAUCUGCCCCGAGGGUACUCCCAGCAUCUCGAACUUGUUCAUCAUCGAACCGGCUGAGCUUCAAGCUUCCGAACCUGUGCCUCAGCAAGAAAACCCGCUGAACCAGCCUAUGUCUAUCAAUGCUGUCCCCGCCUCCAUGGCUCCACAGGCUUCGUUUGCUUCUGAUGCACUCCCCGUGGCUACAUCGUCCCCUCUCCCAGGCGCUCCCGUUCCUCAGAGUGAGGUUGUUCAGGCUCCCUCGCCGUCAACCGAGGCUGUUCAGCAACCCCCUGGGACAUCAGUUACCCCCCCAUCGUUGACUUCCAUUCCAUCUGAUCCUCCCGUUACCUCGCCUGAUCAGCCUGAGCAGUCACCUCCACAGUCAACCAUCAACUUCCCGUCUACUCUCACGUUGCCUUCGACUGUAUCCCCAUUGGCCCCAGCAGCGAGUGCCCCAGACUCUACGAGGGAGAUGCCUAGAAUUCCACCCAAGUCUCAAACAGAGCCUUCCACAAGUGAGACUUUGGUGACAGAGACGGGCCCUCUUCCCACCGUGUCACCAAGCCAGGUGGAUGUGUCAGAGUCGAGGCGCCUUGACAUCUCGAUCCUGUCCACAAUUGGCGGUCUCCUGUUCAUGGUCAUCAUGGCUAUUUAG